AUAUAAUAAUAUUGUGUAUAGUGGGAUGAAGAUGAUGUUAACUGGAAGAAGUAUAUGGGGGUUAUCAAGAAGAUGGUUACCGACAGUAAUGCAGUGGCUCAGGAGAAAGGUCUGGAUUGUGUUCUUUUGUUUACUGAAAACUGUAAAUCGGCCAAUAAAGUAGUCGGAGAGAUAGUUGAUGGAUUGGUAACUAAGUGUGUCGCAGCUCCAAAGACUAAAACUAAAGAACUUUCAACACAGAUUAUUUUGAUGUGUACUGAGAUCGAAGCCCAUGAGAAAGUGAUAGAGGGACUUCUGGGUGGUCUUGCACAGAAAAAUCCCAAGAUUGUAUCUGCGUGUGUUUACAAUGUGACUGAGGUGCUGAAGGGGUUUGGAGCUAAGGUUAUCAAAAUAUCUCCGCUUCUUAAGGCUGUAAUACCCCUUCUGGAUCAUAGAGAUAAGGAUGUGAGAGAAGAAGGGAAGAAACUGAUAAUUGAAUCCUACAGAUGGAUAGGUUCCCUGAUGAAGUCUCAGCUAACUGGUGUUAAGCCUGUUCAGAUGACCGAGUUCGAGGCUGAGUUUGAGAAGGUAGAAGCCGGAGGUCGAGCUGCACCAACAAGAUGGUUAAGGUCGGCUGGUCCUCCAAAACAGGAAAAGGCGACUGAAGGCGGAGCUGAUGAGGGAGAUGGGGAUGAGGAGGAGGAUAGUCAAGACUCUGAUCUAGAUCCUUACGAGAUGUUAGAUCCUGUGGAAAUUAUCUCAAAACUACCAAAAAACUUCUUUGAACAGGUUGAAGAGAAGAAAUGGCAGCUCCGGAAGGAGAGCCUUGAUGCCCUCCUUCCCCUGACACAGAAUCCUAAACUGCUUCCCGGAGAUUACAAUGAUCUUGUGAAAGUUCUCAAAAAGUUUAUCAAUAAGGACACCAACGUGAUGCUGGUUGCCCUGGCUACCCAAUGUUUGACUGGUCUGGUGAAGGGGUUGAGGGGGAGCUUCAAGAACCUGGCGAACAACGUGUUUUCCUCCCUUCUAGAGAAGUUUAAGGAGAAGAAGCUAAACGUGGUGACUGCGUUGAGGGAGUGUAUAGACGCUAUUUAUCCAAUACUUGGCAUAGAAGCUAUUCAGGAAGAUGUGCUAGCAGCUUUAAAGCAUAAAACUCCAGCAGUUAAAUCUGAAACUGGUAGUUUUCUUGCUAGAUGCUUCUCCCAGUGUCCUGCUCUUCUACUCACCAAUAAAAAGGUUCUGAAAGGAUAUAUCUCCGCCCUGCUUGAAACCCUGAAUGAAUCUGACCCUGGAGUUAGGGAAUCAAGUGCUGAAGCACUCGGAGCUCUCGUUAAAUUCAUGGGAGAAGGAAAGGUGUUCCCCUUGAUGCCGGACCUGGAUAACCUCAAGCAGGAGAAGAUAAAGGAGAAGGCGGAGAAGAUAGAACUCAGUGGAAAGAAAGUGAAAAGUGGGAAACCUGAACCUAAGGCUGAACCUAAGUCCGGAGCAAGGAUUGUUAAACCUGAAGCUGGUAAACCUAAACCUGCACCGUCGAAACCUAGUGCAGCACCUGUAAACAAGAAGGUUGUUAAGGCGGGUGGUGCCAAGGGUCCAGGAGGGGUAAAGAAGACAGGUAAAGGUCCCCCAGGUCCUCCUAGUGCAGGAGUUGCCUCGGAGUCGGAUAUAAGUGCUGAGGAGGUGGAAGCACGGGCAGAGGAGUUAAUCCCGGCGGAUCUAUUAUCUGGUCUAGGUGACAUGAACUGGAAAAACAGAUUGGCUGCUAUGGAAACUUUCAAGUCAAGAUUAUCAAGUGCCGAUAAUCUUCCAGGUUUGCUUGCUGUAAAACUAUUGUGUCGGAAACCAGGGUUAAAGGAUAACAACUUCCAAGUUCUUGGUCUACGACUCAGUGCUUUAUCUCAAGUAGCGCAGAAAUGUAGUUGGAGUCAGCAGUGCUGGGAUACUGUGUUCCCCGAUAUUGUAGAGAAACUCUCAGAUAAGAAGAAUAUUGAAGCCUGCAAGGUCACCUUAUUUGAUAUUGCUGAAUCCUGUAGUUUUAACUUUGUAUUUACUGGAGUACUGGAGGGAGCAUUCGCACAGAAGAAUCCAGUUGUCAAGGCCGAGGCCCUGAACUGGGCUGGAGAAGGAAUAAAACUGUUUGGGUUCGGUGGACUGCAGUCUAAAGCUGCAUUAGAGGCGAUCAAAAAGGGACUUGGAGAAACCAAUCCUGCAGUUAGAACUGCAUCUAUUGGAUUAAUAGGUAGGGGUUCACUGAUGAAAGAUUUUUUGGAGGAUGAGAAGCCUGCAGUACUGCAGCAGAUAGAUGCAGAGUGUAAUAAAUAUGCAGGAGAAUCAUUACCUAUACCUACACGAGGGAAGGUGGUCAGGUCUAGUGGUGAAGAUGAAGGGGAGGAUGAGGAUGAGGUUGAGACUGUAGUAGAGGAUCUGGUUCCUAGGAAGAAUAUAUCCGGAGAACUAAAUGAUCAGCUCCUGGAGAAUAUAAAGGAUAAGAACUGGAAGAUAAGGAAGGAAGGAUUAGAUAAACUCAAGGAUAUAAUAAACUCAGCUAAGUUUAUCACCAAUGAUCUGGGUGGUCUACCUCCUGUACUCUGCUCUAGAACUAUAGAUACUAACAAGAUACUGGCUACACAGGCACUUGAUCUUGUUGGUGAGCUAGCCCUAGCUAUGGGUCCUCAGACUAGAACCCAGAUCCCCCAGCUAGUUCCUGCUGUACUAGCUGCACUAGCUGAUAGCAAGAAUACUGUGAGAGCAGCAGCUAUUGCUACUCUUAAUAUCUUCAUUAAAGAAACAUCGUUAAAGGACAUACUUGUUAACGAGAUUAUUAGCUCUGCAUUGAUCAAGGGGAACCCCAACACCAAACAGGAGCUCUUCAACUGGCUGAAGGAGUCUAUGGGAGAGGGGAAAGGAUUGAAUAAGGACGAGCUGGUUGCCUGCCUCCCCACCCUCUACACUAGUAUAGAGGAUCGGGCAGCCGAGGUUAGAAAAUCAGCUCAGGAGGCCGUCCUCCCAUUCAUGAAGCAUCUUGGCUACGAUACAAUGCGUAAAGAGGCGGAUAAGCUGAGUGCUGUUUCUAAGAAUACCGUGAUGCCUAUUCUAGAGAAGUCGAGAGCGGAACUACCCGCCCCAACCAUCUCUUCCAAGCCUAGGCCGGUGGUUACUCGAGAUGAUUCUGUAGAGACAGCCAGGGAUAAACAAGAAGAGAAAAAUUCAAAUAAACCUGAACAAAAAUCCACCAAACCUCAAAUGAAGUCCCGACUAGGAUUGAAUAAACCAACUGCACCGAAGAAAGGAGCAGAAGAGAUGGAUUCGUCUCCACUCUAUCAGGCGAAUAAGUUGAAAAGUUCGAGAUUCCGUGAUGAAUCUAAACUUAAAACUCUCAAGUGGAAUUUUGCUACACCGAGACAAGAGUUUGUUGAUCAGCUGAAGGAUCAGAUCACUGCUGCAGGAUUUAAUAAAUCUCUCUUCGGAAUGAUGUUUCACGCCGAUUUCAAACAGCACUUGAAAGCUAUUGAGAUGCUGUCUGAACAUUGUGGGACGGAUAUUGAUGGAUUAAUAUCAAACCUGGAUCUACUGCUCAAAUGGAUGACCCUGAGAUUCUUUGAAACCAAUCCGAGUGUGAAUAUUAAAGGUCUGGAGUACCUAUGUCAGGUGUUUGGAGUAUUGGCUGAGUAUGAAGAAGGAUAUAUGCUUCAUGAACUAGAGGCCAGUGCCUUCCUUCCUUACCUUAUCAACAAAAUGGGAGAUCCCAAGGACCAGAUACGUAGCUGCUGCCGAACUAUUCUAAAUCUAACCUGUAACCUAUACCCAGCAUCUAAACUUUUCCCACAUUUAAUGAACGGUUUAGGGACAAAGAAUGCCAAGCAGAGAGCUGAAUGCCUGGAGGAGCUAGGAACACAUAUCCGCAAACAAGGAGUGUCUGUAGCAGGGGCACAACCUCCUGUAGCACUAAAGGAGAUUGCUAAACAGAUUGCUGAUCGUGAUACUGGAGUUAGAAACGCAGCUCUCAAUGCUGUCACAGAGGCGUAUUUCAAGGAAGGGGAGAAGCUAUACAAGAUGAUCGGUAAUAUCCCUGAGAAGGAUCUGGCCAUGCUGGAGGAAAGAAUUAAGAGAUCCUGUAAAUCUCGUCCUCAAGAACCCGAACCUAUAGGUCAACCUUCAGAUCCACAAAGGAAACCCAGUAAACUGCAGAUUAAAACAGGGAUGCGUCCUCCGUCUGCUCCUAGUGCUGGUAUGGGUCGAGAGGGAGAAUCUGAUAUCAAACUUAGACUACAGCAAGCUAGAGCUACUAGUGCUGCACCAGGAGCGAGACCUGUAUCUGGAGUUUUCUCUCUAGAUCUGGAGAAAAUAGAAGGGAGAUCAGAACGUAUAUCAGAUACAGGUCCUAAACUUGUUGAACACAACCUGGAUGAUAUAAUGAACUGUGCACCUGUGAUGUUACCUAUAACUAGGACUGGAAUGCAAAGAAUGAUGAGCCCUGAAAACAAUUUAGCCAGAUGUAAUCAAGAAGCCCACCAGGCGGUUACUGCUAUUAUUGCUCAGAUCUUUAAUCCUGACAUUCAGGUUUCCGUGAAUGCUCUGGGUGAGAUAGAUGAGCUGCUCAAACAUGAAACUAAAGCUGAACUGAUAGAACCUUGUAUUGAUCAUCUUUUCUCCACAUGUGCUAUGCAGUAUCGUUAUGUGGUGGACUCUAAGAUGAAUGAUAGUUUGAGUAACGAAAAAGACAUUUUGAGACAACUUCAGUUUUUAACUAUGGUGUUGAUGUCUGUAUAUGGAUUAAGAGAACAAGUGAAGAAAGCCAGUAUGCAGGUUCUACAUGAUUUGAUGCAUAUGAUAAUAUCGAUUCUACUUGAACCAGCAACUGGAAACCUACCUGAAGGAGGUCAACUUGUCAGAGCUAUGAAUGUACUCACUGUGAAGAUUGUUGAUAGAUCUGAUCCAACCUGUGUAUUUGUAGCACUUAUCAAACUACUUCAUGGAAGUGUAGGAAAUGCCCAGAUGAGCGAAAAGUAUGGUGGUCUUGUGAUGAAAUGUAUUUGGAAAUGUAUCCGAGCAAUUCCAACCUGGUUACCAACCCUGGAUGUAGGAAGCCUGAUGUUGACUGUUCACGAGUUCUUGAAGGUGUUCCCCUCCUCCUACUGGAAAACUGUUGCUGAAGAUACUCCGCUUAGAACUAUCAAAACUUUACUUCAUACUUUGGCCAAGGUGCUAGGAGAGGAUUUAUUGACCUGUAUGGGAAGAAUACAGGAUCCGAACUCAAGUGAACUUGUUCCGUUUAUCCGCAAAAUGGUUUCUACCGUUGGCUCUGAAGGAGGUGUUGGUGAGACGAAGAACCCAGAAUCUGCUCGGAAACGGAUUCCUCGCUUCUCUAAGUCUGAUCACGAGGCGCUAGCUGAAAUAUUCAAGAAGAUCGGACAGAAGGAACUAAGCAAGGUUGGUUUACAAGAGCUGUACAACUUUAAACAGGAGAACCCACAGGCGGACCUGGAACCAUUCCUUGCUAAAUCCAGCCAGUACUUCAGGGAGUACAUUGAGCGGGGGCUGAGGAGUGUAGAACAAGGAGGGGGUGGAGUACCUGCUACUACAGCUGGAGGUCGGAGCAGUGUAUUGGUAGACAGUAAUACCACAACCGGUCAACCAACUCACCUCGUCUAUCUAGAGCGAUUGAAAAGGUUGCGAGCUGCUGGGGGUUUGCAAACCCAUGACCAGGAAAACAGAGAGACACGAGAGAACAUGGAAACUAUGGAAACUAAGACCGGACAUACAACCAACUCCAGUAGUGGAUAUUCAUCAGGUAUCUCCAGUGCUUACAGUAGAAGAGAACGAUUUUCAUCAACUGAGAAUAAUUAUCAGAGUGAGAGUACAGGUGCGCGAAGCAGUGAGGCCCCGAACGUUGAUGAAAUAAGAAAACGUCUCGCUAAGAUCAAACAAGCCGCGUUCUAGCGUUCUAACGUUUUAACGCAUUUGCGUUUUAAACGCUAUCUAUCCAUCAUUUUGUAAAAGCUUCCUAUAUUCAUUUUGAGUUUAAUCAAAAUAUUCAGAUUUAAUUACAGUUUUUUAAUAGUAUAACACUUCUCUAACUAGAGAAAAGUAAAGUUAUUCGUUGGAAGUUUAUUAAUCAAUAACCAUACGUAUUAAUCGGCAUUUAAGUUAGGAUUUUAACAAUUUAACCAUUUAUUAAUCUAAAAAUAAAAAGUAUUGAAGUUA